CGCCAUGCGCUUCGUGGGUCAGAAUGUCUUCAAACGUGUUCGUGCAGGAGUCAGGAUGAGGAAGGUGGCUGUCUUUUUCUCCAACGGGCCGUCGCAGGACAGUUCCAACAUCGUUACCGCCAUGAUGGAGUACCGGGCCCUGAACAUCGUCCCGGCGGUCAUCUCUCUGCGUAAUGCCCCGGCUGUUAGUCGAGCAUUGGAGGUUGACGACACAGGAAACUCCAUCUUCAUGGUGCUGGGGACGGACAUGGCUGACCUGAGGAAGGUGAAGAACUGUGCAAUCUGUUACGACCCGUGUAGGCCUUCAGAGCAGUGCACCUUCAUCCAGGAACCGGUUCAGCCUCAGGAGGUCAAUUUGGACCUGGUCAUGGUGGUGGACAGCUCCAGGGAGGUGCAGGCUGAUGAGUACGCUGGUGCUCAGCAGCUGCUGGGUUCUGUGGUGGAACAGUUGGCCGUGAGCCCGCAGCCCCGCAGGGCCGGCAACCAGGCCCGGGUGGCUGUAGUCCAGCAGAGUGGUACCCAGGCUGCCAAGGUGGAGUUUGGCCUGCAGACCUAACCAGAAACCACAACCUGAUGAAGAGGCACUCUGACCCAGAACAUCGGCAGCAG